CCCAAACUUCAAGUUUGAAAGAGGAAUUAGAAAUGGCGGUGGUAGCACCGUGAGGUUUAGGGUUUCUUCUUCUUCUUCCAUUCUUCAGUGUUUGCACAGAGACAGAUGGAGAGAGAAGUGAGAGGGAUACAGUUACCGUUAAGCCAAACUCAGAAGGUUCGUCUUCAGAAGGCUCUAGAACAGUUACAGUCUCUGUCAUUGAAGGUGAAUUUCGAUGCUUCGGUGGUCGUCGCCGAUUCCAUCUCCGUCAACCACGAAGACGGCGUUCUCAAGGGGCACGGAACCGCCGACCUCAACGGCGAAGUCGUCGCCACCGUCUGCGGCGUCGUUGAGCGUGUCAACAAACUUGUCUACGUCCGUGCCUUACGCUCCCGGUAUAAACCUGAGGUCGGUGACAUCGUUAUAGGGCGUGUUGUUGAGGUUGCUCAGAAGCGUUGGAGAUUGGAGAUAAAUUACAGUCAGGAUGCAGUUUUGAUGCUUUCUUCUAUGAAUAUGCCUGAUGGUGUCCAGAGGCGGAGGACCGCUGUGGACGAGCUAAACAUGCGCUGCAUUUUUGAGGAGAAUGAUGUUGUUUGUGCUGAAGUUCGUGGUUUCCAGCAUGAUGGCUUACACCUUCAAGCAAGGAGUCGGAAGUAUGGAAAGCUUACUAGAGGUCAACUGCUUAGAGUCUCACCUUAUUUAGUGAAGAGACAAAAACAACAUUUCCAUCAUCUGGAGGAAUUUGGUAUUGAUUUGAUACUUGGCUGUAAUGGGUUCAUAUGGGUUGGGGAACAUAUUGAAGCCAAAGAUGACAUGGUAGAAGAUCAAGUGAACCAAUCUGAUCCACAAGUUCUAUUGCCUAGUAAAAAUAGUGUGAGUCUUGAAGAACAAGAGAAAAGUUAUACAACAUUGGAGACAAGAAAAUACAUAUGCAGAGCUGCUAAUGCUAUUAGAGUAUUAUCAACCUUAGGCUUCAAUAUUACAUUGGAAAUCAUCAAGGGAAUUAUUGAUCUAAGCCUAUCUUUGAAUCUUGAUAUACAUGAUAUGCUUGGUUCUGAGUUUUGUGUUCUGGUUGCCGAAAAAGAGGCAGAAAGGAGAAGCUCAAAUAAAAAGAAGCGGUAGAUUGUGAAAUGGUGGGGCUUUUUGGCCUGAUUACUUUAAUUUGAUUUACAAUGUAUUAAAUUGGUGUAAACUUUGAAAGAAAAAAUUCCCAAAAUAGUGUAAGUCACAUUUGAGGUGAGCAAAGUAUAAAAAGGAACUAAUGGAUGAGCGAUGGAAUGAAUGUUUAAAAGAGUUGUAUUUGUUUGUUGUGACUUUUUUUUAUUAAUAUUUCUAUGUAGUUGUUAGA